AUGACUAUCAACCUCGACGGCGUCGUCAACCCUCUCGACAAGAUCCGCCGGCCCAUGGCCGGCAUGGCGGCAACCGCGGCAUCGGCACCACCAUCCGUCCAGGCAGACCAUGUUUCUUGCCCUGGCUGCGGCAGGAUCAUCAGCGACACGGCAACGAUUUCCAAGAUUAUCACCAUGACCUCCGGCGACGUCUCCUCCCCUCUCGUCGUGCCGCCCGGCCCUCUCGCCGCGGCCGCAUUCGAGAGCGGCAUGAGCGCGGUUGACGAACUCAAGCUUCUCAAGACCCAGGUCCAGGACGUCGCGCGCGUGUGCAACGCCGUCGCGCGUGGCGAUCUCUCCCAGAAGAUUACGGUACCGGUACAGGGCGUCGUUAUGAUCCAACUCAAGGACGUUAUCAACGCGAUGGUGGACAAGCUCGGUCAAUUUGCGAAGGAGGUCACUCGUGUAUCCCAGGAAGUCGGCACGGAAGGCAAAUUGGGUGGUCAGGCGCUGGUUUUGGAUGUUGAAGGCACUUGGCGCGAACUCACAGGCGUCGUCAACAAGCUCGCGGCGAACUUGACGAAUCAGGUACGGUCUAUCGCAAAGGUCACCAAGGCUGUCGCGCUCGGAGAUUUGUCCAAACAAAUCGAAGUCGACGCUCGCGGAGAGAUACUCGAACUCAAGAACACGGUCAACGGCAUGGUCGUCCGGCUACGGGCAUUAGCGGCAGAAGUCACAAGAGUAACAUUGGAAGUAGGGUCUAAAGGUCAAUUGGGAGGUCAAGCAGUCGUCGCGGAUGUCGAAGGUGUAUGGUUAGAAUUGACACGAAACGUCAAUCGAAUGUGCGGGAGCUUGACGGACCAAGUGCGCUCUAUCGCGAAGGUUACCACCGCUGUCGCCCGCGGAGACUUGACGCAGAAGAUCGACAUCGAGGUCGAGGGUGAGAUGCUCACCUUGAAGCGCACGGUCAACUCCAUGGUGGACCAAUUGAGCGCGUUCGCAUCGGAGGUCACUCGUGUCGCGUUGGAGGUCGGAACUCAGGGUAUCUUGGGAGGUCAGGCGCGCGUCGAGGGUGUGCAGGGCACUUGGGCGGAUUUGACCAGGAACGUCAACAAAAUGGCCUCGAAUUUGACGGAUCAAGUGCGCUCAAUCUCUGAAGUCACCAAGGCCGUCGCAAACGGAGACCUUAGCCGGAACGUCGACGUCGAUGUUCAGGGCGAGAUGCUCGACCUCAAGACGACUGUCAACCAGAUGGUCGCUCGUCUAUCUACGUUGGCAAGCGAAGUCACCCGUGUGUCAUUGGAAGUCGGAACUGAGGGUAUCAUGGGAGGUCAAGCGUCCGUGCCUGACGUCCAGGGCGUCUGGAAGGGUUUGACGGACAACGUGAACUUGAUGGCCAUGAACUUGACGAACCAAGUGCGUUCUAUCGCGGAGGUCACCAAGGCCGUCGCUGGCGGCGACUUGACGAAGCGCAUCACCGUUGACGUCCGCGGAGAGAUGCUCGACUUGAAGGAGACGGUCAACGGUAUGACGGAGAGUUUGAGCCUGUUCGCGGACGAGGUCACCCGUGUCGCAAAGGAAGUCGGAACGGAGGGUCUUUUGGGCGGCCAAGCCAAGGUCACGAACGUCGGCGGUACAUGGAAGGAACUCACGGACAACGUCAACGUUAUGGCAGCGAACUUGACGAUUCAAGUGCGGACGAUCGCCCUUGCUACGCGCGCGGUCGCGAGGGGCGACUUGACGCAGAAGGUCACCGGUGUCGCCGUCUCUGGAGAGAUACUCGAUCUGGUCAACACUAUCAACAGCAUGAUUGACCAGUUGGCCAUCUUCGCGGCCGAGGUCAAGAAAGUCGCUCGUGAGGUCGGAACGGAAGGAAAGCUUGGCGGUCAAGCGGAGGUCGGCAACGUCGAAGGUAUCUGGCAAGAAAUUACGAUGUCCGUGAACACGAUGGCAAACAACUUGACGACGCAAGUCAGAGGUUUCGCACAGAUCUCGGCCGCGGCCAUGGACGGCGACUUCAGUCGGUUCAUCACCGUCGAGGCCAGCGGAGAGAUGGACUCGUUGAAAACGCAGAUCAACCAGAUGGUGUCUAACUUGCGCGACAGUAUCCAGAAGAACACGGCAGCGCGUGAGGCGGCCGAGUUGGCGAACAGGUCCAAGUCUGAGUUCUUGGCGAACAUGUCACAUGAGAUUCGAACGCCUAUGAACGGUAUCAUCGGAAUGACGGAACUGACCCUGGACAGCGACCUCAACCGGUCACAACGCGAGAACCUUCUCUUGGUCCACAGCUUGGCCCGCAGUUUACUUUUGAUCAUCGAUGAUAUCUUGGAUAUCUCGAAGAUCGAGGCUGGUCGCAUGACCAUGGAGCAAGUUUCGUACUCCAUUCGGCAGACCGUCUUCGGCAUCCUCAAGACCCUCGUCGUGCGCGCAUCCCAGAACCAGCUCGACCUCACCUAUGACGUCGACCCAGACAUCCCCGACCAGCUCAUCGGUGACUCCCUCCGUCUUCGCCAGGUCAUCACCAACUUGGUCGGCAACGCUAUCAAGUUCACCCCUAGCAAGAUCACGCGCAAGGGCCACGUGGCGCUUAGCUGCAGGCUGCUUGGGAAGGACGACCAGCACGUCACCCUGGAAUUUUGCGUGUCCGACACCGGUAUUGGUAUUGCGAAGGACAAGCUGACAAUGAUCUUCGAUACCUUCUGCCAGGCAGACGGUUCCACGACUCGAGAAUACGGCGGCACCGGUCUCGGCUUAUCCAUCUCCAAGCGACUUGUCACUCUCAUGACCGGCAACAUGUGGGUCGAGUCCGAGGUCGCACUCGGCUCGAAGUUCUACUUCACGAUCACCUCCCAACUCUCGCCACUCUCGAUGGACGCGACGCUGUCGAAGAUGCAGCCUUUCCAGAAGCGGAGCAUCCUCUUCGUGGACACCAUGUUCGACCAAACCGGCGUCGUCCAGCGCGUGCUCGACCUCGGUCUCCGGCCAUACGUCGUCCACUCUGUCGUCGAGGUCGCGGACAAGACGACGUGCCCGCACAUCGAUACCAUCGUCGUCGACUCGCUGCAUGUGACCGAGAGUCUCCGUGAGCACGAGCACCUGCGCUAUAUACCCAUCGUGCUGCUCUCGCCCGAACUGAGCCCGCGUCUGAACCUGAAGUGGUGCCUGGACAACGGCAUUUCCUCGCAGAUCACGACCCCAGUGUCCGAGCAGGACCUUGCGUCUGCGCUCAUCUCCGCGCUGGAGUCGAACACCGUGACGCCUGUGGUACCCGAGAACGACGUGCCGUACGACAUCCUCAUCGCGGAGGACAACCUCGUGAACCAGAAGCUGGCGGUCAAGAUCCUCGAGAAGUACGGCCACCCGGUCGAGAUCGCGGAGAACGGGCAGCUCGCGGUCGACGCCUUCAAGGCCCGCGUGCAGCGCAACCGGCCGUUCGACAUCAUCCUCAUGGACGUGUCUAUGCCGUUCAUGGGUGGUAUGGAGGCCACGGAGCUUAUCCGCACGUACGAGCAGACACACGGCCUCGAGCCAACGCCCAUCAUCGCGCUCACUGCGCAUGCAAUGAUCGGCGAUCGCGAGAGGUGUCUGCAGGCGGGUAUGGACGACCACAUCACCAAGCCAUUGCGUCGCAGCGAUCUCAUGAACUCCAUCAACAAGCUCGCUGGGGAGAGGAAGCUGGCGCUCGCGCGAAACCGCAUUCACCAUCGAUCGUCGAUCCCCAUGCAGGUCUUGCUGCGCGAGUUCCGGUGA